AUGGUGGAGAUCAUCGCCGACAAAGAGUCCGGCAAGAAGCGCGGCUUCGGCUUCGUCCACUUCACCAACCACGACGCUGCGGACAAGGCGGCCGUGGUGAAGUUCCAUCACAUCAAUGGGCACCGCGUGGAGGUGAAGAAGGCCGUGCCCCGAGGACGGGGCAGAGGAGGCGGCGGCUCUGCCAACGGCUUCUCCGGGGGGAGGGAAAGCUAUGGAGGCGGCUACGAGGGCGGCUAUGGCGGCGGAGGCGGCUACAGCUCCUAUGCAGGCUACGGCGAGCAGGGCGGCUACGGCAACGGCUACAAUGGCUUCGGCUCGGGAACCAGCGGCUGGGGGCGCAAUAGCAGCUCGGGCCCUUACCAUGGAGCCGGGGCCUACGGAGGGGGCGGAUCUUACGGCUCUUUCUGA